UGUUUGCGUGACAUGCUGCGCGCGUCGUGCGUGCGUUGUGAGUCUUUUGUGCGGGAGAGCAGAAGCAGCAGAACCCGCAACUUUUCUUCUAUACCGUACUGCUAUCACCCGGCCCCGCAGCUUCCCGCAGCACCCCGCAGCUCCCCGCAGGCCUGUAGCUGUAGCUGUGUGAGCGGUUAGCCCGGGCUCUGAGGAUUAGCCGGGGCUUACACUAGAGCUGCAGGAUGGCGGAUGUUACAGCGCGUAGUCUGCAGUAUGAGUAUAAAGCGAACUCGAACUUGGUUUUGCAAGCUGAUCGCUCUCUCAUUGACCGCACUCGCCGAGAUGAACCUACAGGCGAGGUGUUGUCUUUGGUUGGGAAACUGGAAGGGACCAAAAUGGGAGACAAGAGUCAACGAACGAAGCCACAAAUGUUGGAAGAAAGGAGGGCAAAGAGAAGAAAGCGAGAUGAAGACAGACAUGACAUUAACAAAAUGAAAGGAUUUACCCUGCUGUCAGAAGGAAUUGAUGAGAUGGUGGGUAUCGUAUACAAGCCAAAGACCAAGGAGACCAGAGAAACGUAUGAAAUCCUCCUCAGCUUCAUUCAGGCUGCUCUUGGAGACCAGCCAAGAGACAUUCUGUGUGGUGCUGCAGAUGAGGUGUUAGCUGUUCUUAAGAAUGAGAAGAUGAGGGAUAAGGAAAGGAGGAGGGAAGUUGAGCAAUUGCUUGGACCUACAGAUGACACACGCUACCAUGUCCUGGUCAACUUGGGCAAGAAGAUCUCUGACUAUGGAGGGGACAAAGAACUCCAAAAUAUGGAUGAAAACAUAGAUGAAACAUAUGGAGUAAAUGUACAGUUUGAGUCUGAUGAGGAGGAAGGUGAUGAAGACCAGUAUGGAGAGGUGCGGGAGGAAGGUUCUGAUGACAGCGAGGGAGAGGAAGCAGAUGUGGGUUGCACACUGUCUGCUAAUUUGGGGACUGCAGGAGAUGUGAUGACGACCAAAAAGAAAGACCUUCACCCUAGAGACAUUGAUGCUUUUUGGCUUCAGAGGCAGCUCAGCCGUUUCUAUGAUGACGCUAUUGUGUCUCAGAAGAAAGCUGAUGAGGUUUUGGAGAUUCUCAAGACCGCUAGUGAUGACCGAGAAUGUGAGAAUCAGUUGGUGCUUCUGCUGGGUUUUAAUACCUUUGACUUCAUUAAGGUGCUACGCCAGCACAGGCGCAUGAUCCUCUACUGCACCAUGUUGGCCAGUGCACAAAGUGAAGCGGAAAAGGAGAAGAUAAUUGCCAAAAUGGAAGCAGAUCAAGACUUGUCCAAAGUUCUUUACCAGCUGCAGGAAACUGAAAAGGAAGACAUUAUUCGAGAAGAAAGAUCUCGCAGGGAAAGACUGAGAAAGUCUCGAGUGGAUGAUAUGGAGUCUAUGGACAUUGAUCGCUCAGAGUCUGUGGCAGCACGACAGCUUCUCGAUCUCGAGGAUCUUGCCUUCACUCAAGGAAGCCACUUUAUGGCCAACAAGCGCUGCCAGCUUCCUGACGGUUCCUUCCGUAAACAAAGAAAAGGCUACGAGGAGGUGCACGUACCUGCGCUUAAACCCAAGCCUUUUUCUGAUGAUGAGACUCUUGUGGCUGUUGAGAAGAUGCCGAAAUACGCCCAGGCUGCAUUUGAAGGGUUCAAAACAUUGAACCGCAUUCAGAGCAAACUGUUCAAAACUACUAUGGAGACAGAUGGGAACCUGUUGGUUUGCGCUCCCACUGGAGCUGGUAAAACCAAUGUUGCUCUGAUGGCCAUGCUCAGAGAGAUUGGCAAGCAUAUCAACAUGGAUGGCACCAUUAAUGUGGAUGAUUUCAAAAUCAUCUACAUUGCUCCUAUGCGUUCACUGGUACAGGAAAUGGUGGGCAGCUUUGGCAAGCGUUUGGCCAGUUAUGGGAUCACAGUGUCUGAGCUGACUGGUGAUCACCAGCUCUGCAAGGAGGAGAUCAAUGCCACGCAGAUCAUUGUGUGUACACCUGAGAAAUGGGACAUCAUCACCCGCAAGGGAGGGGAGCGCACAUACACUCAGCUAGUGCGCCUCAUCAUUAUUGAUGAGAUUCACUUGCUACAUGAUGACCGUGGACCAGUAUUGGAAUCUCUCAUUGCUCGCACCAUCCGAAACGUGGAGCUCACCCAAGAGGAGGUGCGCCUUAUUGGCCUCAGUGCCACGCUGCCGAACUAUGAAGAUGUGGCCACAUGUCUCCGUGUGGACCCUGCUAAGGGCCUGUUCUACUUUGACAACAGUUUCCGCCCUGUGCCACUGGAGCAGACGUACGUGGGAAUCACAGAGAAAAAGGCAAUCAAACGCUUUCAAAUCAUGAAUGAAAUCGUCUAUGAGAAGAUCAUGGAGCAUGCAGGAAAGAACCAGGUUCUGGUAUUUGUACACUCGCGUAAGGAGACUGGAAAGACCGCGAGGGCAAUAAGGGAUAUGUGUCUGGAGAAAGAUACUCUGGGGCUGUUCCUUCGUGAGGGUUCUGCUUCCACUGAGGUCCUGAGGACAGAGGCAGAGCAGUGCAAGAAUCUGGAGCUAAAAGAUCUCUUGCCGUAUGGUUUUGCCAUCCAUCACGCUGGCAUGACCAGAGUAGACAGAACUCUGGUGGAAGAUCUGUUUGCUGAUCGUCAUAUUCAGGUACUGGUGUCUACUGCCACAUUGGCCUGGGGAGUAAACUUGCCUGCCCACACUGUCAUCAUCAAAGGCACUCAGGUGUACAGUCCAGAGAAAGGAAGGUGGACUGAGCUGGGAGCUCUGGACAUUCUGCAGAUGCUUGGGCGCGCUGGCCGACCGCAGUAUGAUACAAAAGGAGAGGGCAUUUUGAUCACGUCCCAUGGAGAGCUGCAGUAUUACUUGUCUCUGCUCAACCAGCAGCUGCCUAUAGAAAGCCAGAUGGUGGGGAAACUUCCCGACAUGCUCAAUGCUGAGGUGGUGCUGGGCAAUGUUCAGAAUGUGAAGGACGCUGUGAACUGGAUUGGUUAUACUUAUCUGUAUGUACGGAUGCUACGUAACCCCACACUCUAUGCGGUUUCCCAUGAUGAACGCAGCACUGAUCCUUACCUGGAGCAGCGCAGGAUGGACCUGGUGCACACAGCUGCCACUGUGCUGGAGAAGAACAAUUUGGUCAAAUAUGACAAGAGGAGUGGCAGUUUCCAGGUGACCGACUUGGGACGGAUUGCCAGUCACUUCUACAUUACUCAUGAGUCCAUUAUGACCUACAACCAGCUACUGAAACCUACACUUAGUGAAAUCGAGCUCUUCAGGGUGUUCUCCCUCUCCUCUGAGUUCAGGAACAUCACAGUCAGAGAGGAGGAAAAACUGGAGCUACAGAAGCUACUGGAGAGGGUGCCCAUUCCCGUGAAGGAAAGUAUAGAGGAGCCCAGUGCUAAGAUAAAUGUUCUGCUGCAGGCCUACAUCUCCCAACUAAAACUAGAGGGCUUUGCUCUAAUGGCUGACAUGGUUUAUGUCACACAGAGUGCUGGUCGAUUGAUGAGGGCCAUUUUUGAGAUUGUUCUUGGUCGAGGCUGGGCUCAGCUCACAGACAAAACAAUGAACCUCUGCAAAAUGAUCGACAAAAGAAUGUGGCAGUCCAUGUCUCCUCUGCGUCAGUUCCGCAAGCUUCCAGAAGAAGUCAUCAAGAAGAUUGAAAAGAAGAGCUUUCCCUUUGAGCGUCUUUAUGAUCUCAAUCACAAUGAAAUUGGUGAGCUGAUCCGCAUGCCAAAAAUGGGGAAAACCAUCCACAAGUAUGUGCACCAGUUUCCAAAACUGGACCUUGCAGUUCACCUUCAGCCCAUCACUCGCUCCACCCUGAAGGUGGAGCUCACCAUCACUCCAGACUUUCAGUGGGAUGAUAAGGUGCAUGGAUCCUCUGAGGCGUUUUGGAUCUUGGUGGAGGAUGUUGACAGUGAGGUGAUUCUGCACCAUGAAUACUUCCUGCUUAAGGCCAAAUAUGCUCAGGAUGAACACUUGAUCACCUUUUUUGUGCCCGUGUUCGAGCCGCUGCCUCCACAGUACUUCAUCAGAGUCGUCUCAGACCGCUGGCUUUCUUGUGAAACUCAGCUGCCAGUGUCUUUCCGUCACCUCAUCCUCCCAGAGAAAUAUCCUCCUCCCACUGAGCUGCUGGAUCUGCAGCCUCUGCCAGUAUCUGCCCUGAGAAAUGCUGCGUUUGAGAGCCUCUAUCAGAACAAGUUCCCCUUUUUCAACCCCAUUCAGACACAAGUGUUCAAUGCAGUUUACAACAGUGAUGACAAUGUGUUUGUGGGAGCCCCUACUGGCAGUGGAAAGACAAUCUGUGCAGAGUUUGCCAUUCUGAGGAUGCUGCUACAUAACACAGAAGGACGCUGUGUCUACAUCACGCCCAUGGAGGCUCUGGCUGAACAGGUGUUUGUGGAUUGGCACCAGAAGUUCCAAGAAGCACUGAACAAAAAAGUGGUCAUACUGACUGGAGAAACCAGCACUGACCUAAAGCUGCUGGGAAAAGGAGACAUCAUCAUCAGCACCCCGGACAAGUGGGACAUCCUGUCCCGUCGAUGGAAGCAGAGGAAGAAUGUGCAGAAUGUCAGCCUCUUCAUUGUGGAUGAGACUCACCUCAUUGGAGGAGAGAAUGGGCCUGUGCUGGAGGUCAUCUGCUCCAGAAUGAGGUACAUCUCCUCUCAGAUUGAGAGGCCCAUCCGCAUCGUGGCUCUCAGUUCCUCUCUGUCCAAUGCUAAAGACGUAGCCCACUGGCUGGGCUGCAGUACCACGGCAACCUUCAAUUUCCACCCUAAUGUUCGGCCUGUGCCACUGGAACUCCACAUCCAGGGUUUCAAUGUGAGUCACACACAGACCCGUCUGCUGUCUAUGGCUAAACCUGUCUAUCAUAGCAUCAUGAAGCACUCACCAUCCAAACCAACCUUGGUGUUUGUGCCAUCUCGUCGUCAAACCCGCCUCACUGCCAUUGACAUCCUCACGUUCUGUGCUGCAGACGUCGUUCCUCAGAGAUUCCUGCAUUGCACUGAGAAGGACCUGGCCCCGUUCCUGGAGAAGCUGUCUGAUGCAACAUUAAGGGAAACCCUUUCUAAUGGUGUGGGCUAUCUGCAUGAGGGACUCUCCUCCACAGAAUGCAAGAUUGUUGAGCAACUCUUCAACUCUGGUGCCAUUCAGGUCGUGGUGGCAUCCCGUUCUCUUUGCUGGGGAACUAACAUCUCUGCCCACUUGGUGAUUGUCAUGGACACGCAGUACUACAAUGGCAAAAUUCAUGCUUAUGUGGACUAUCCAAUCUACGACGUGCUCCAGAUGGUGGGGAAAGCUAAUCGCCCCCUACAGGAUGAUGAGGGCCGCUGUGUCAUCAUGUGCCAAGGAUCUAAAAAGGACUUCUUCAAGAAAUUCCUCUACGAGCCUCUGCCUGUUGAAUCCCACCUGGACCACUGUCUCCAUGAUCACUUUAAUGCUGAGAUUGUCACGAAGACUGUGGAGAACAAGCAGGAUGCUGUGGACUAUCUGACGUGGACCUUCCUUUACCGCCGCAUGACCCAGAAUCCCAACUACUACAACCUGCAGGGUAUGUCUCACCGGCACCUGUCGGACCACUUGUCGGAGCUGGUGGAGAACACGCUGCAGGAUCUGGAGCAGUCCAAGUGCAUCAGUGUGGAGGAUGAGAUGGAUGUAGCUCCCCUCAACCUGGGCAUGAUCGCCGCUUACUACUACAUUAACUAUACCACCAUCGAGUUGUUCAGCAUGUCGCUGAAUGCAAAGACAAAGAUCCGUGGCCUGAUCGAGAUCAUUUCCAAUGCAGCAGAGUAUAAGAACAUUCCCAUCAGACAUCAUGAAGAUACGCUGCUCCGCCAGCUGGCUCAAAAAGUUCCCCACAAGCUGAACAGCCCCAAGUUUAAUGACCCACACGUGAAGACCAACCUGCUGCUGCAAGCCCAUCUCUCCCGUAUGCAACUGAGUGCAGAGCUUCAAUCUGACACGGAAGAUAUCCUCAGCAAGGCUGUGCGUCUCAUUCAAGCAUGUGUGGAUGUGCUCUCCAGUAACGGCUGGCUGAGUCCUGCUCUGGCUGCUAUGGAGCUGGCACAGAUGGUGACUCAGGCCAUGUGGUCUAAAGACUCGUAUCUCAGACAGCUACCACACUUUACCACGGAGCACAUCAAGCGCUGCACUGAUAAGGGAGUGGAGAGUAUUUUUGACAUUAUGGAAAUGGAGGAUGAGGAGCGCACUGCUCUCUUACAGCUGUCUGAUGUUCAGAUGGCUGAUGUGGCACGGUUUUGUAACCGCUACCCUAAUAUUGAGCUAUCCUACGAAGUUGCCGACAAAGACUACAUCAAGAGUGGCAGUCCAGUUCUGGUUCAGGUGCAGUUAGAGAGAGAGGAAGAGGUGACUGGACCAGUCAUUGCUCCACUCUUUCCCCAGAAACGUGAAGAGGGCUGGUGGGUUGUAAUUGGAGACCCGAAGUCUAACAGUCUCAUCUCCAUUAAGAGGUUGACUCUGCAGCAGAAGGCCAAGGUGAAACUGGACUUCGUGGCCCCUGUUGUUGGAGUGCAUAACUACACGCUGUAUUUUAUGAGUGAUGCUUACAUGGGCUGUGACCAAGAGUACAAGUUUAGCGUGGAUGUGAAGGAGGCGGACAGUGAUGGGGACAGCGACUCUGACUAAUCUUGUGUUUUGUGUGUAUUCUUAUGUUUUUUUUUUUUGUAAAAUUCUUGAUUUUGUGAAAACUAUGGUGAAACCUGCUUUUGCAUAUGAAAUAUUCAUAAAAUUGUUCUAAAUUCAUUUAAAAGAAACGCUGUACUUCUAAUCUCGCAAAUUGUGUUGCUUGGAAGUUGAGAAAUUGUGUGUAAAUUUACACAUUUUGAUGUUUUGCUGGGUCAGGAAUACAUAUUCUGAAAUGUUGUUAGUAUAUGUCUGUUCCUGUUUUCACAUUUGCUGUAGGUUAAAAUGCGAACAAACAGGCCAAGCAAGAUGGUAAUCAAGCAGAUAUUUCAGUACAGCUCUGCUGUUCUGUUGCUACACUGCUGAUAGUAUGUGGAUGUGAAGAGAAUUUAAAUACACAGAUCCCAAGGAUGGGUAUUGUAAAGUUCUCUUACUUUGAUCUUUUUUUACUGAGUUGAAUUGUGUAUGGGAAUAAAGAGGUUGGUUGUCGAGAGUUUGUCUAGAAUCUGUGCAUUGCGUUUCGAUCAUAUGAUUAUAGUUUUUAAUGAAUAAAGCUAGUCAUUCAA